UUUCAGGUACUGACAGUCUGACGCGACAAUAGAAUAUAAAUGGAGUAAAGGAAUAUUUUGAUUGAUUGAGUAUAUAUUAGGCCCACACUUGCAGGGAAUCCUUGAUUUAGCCAAUAGACUGAUCUUAAUGAUUCAGGAUAAAACAACGAGUGUCUCUCUAUGAUAAGCUUGUAAAACGGUCAAAACAAUGUUGACCGCGCCGAGUUGCUGAGAUCGAUUAGACGAUGGAUAAAUCCACUCCUUCAAUCAAAGAGGAAUUGGGAAAUAGCCAUGACGCUAAAACCGACUACGAGCAACAAUCUUUGUUACAUACAGAUGAGGCUAGUGAUCACAAAAAUGGGAGAAUUCCCUAUGAGAAGUUAGAAAAAUGGCGUAAAAUGACUAUCGUGAUUUGUCUGCUUUCAAUCGUCUUCACGACUUUGCUCGGGUUGGGCGCAUUUGUAGUUUCUGAAAUAUCCGACAGCUCUUCGGCAUUCGCGGUGGCUUUUGACGCAAUAUUGGCCAUUACGUCCUCUGUAUCUGUUGUGUGGCGGUUUUACUAUGGAAUUAACGGCGAGGGAAAAACCCAACGAGAAUGGAAGGCUUGUAACAUCAUCGCUGUGUGUUUUAUCGUUUCGGGAGCGCUGGUCGCUGGGCGAGCGAUUGUUUGCAUCGUGUUGGACGAGGAACCACGGAAACCUUCGGCUUUAAUAAUCAUGUCAGUAGUAAGCUGUGUGGGGUAUUUCCUCCUCUUCUGUGUUAAACUGUGUCUGGCUAGGAAAUUAGACAGUUCUGCUUUGGUUGCGGAUUCUAUCGAUGCCCUCAGUGGCGCGGGAAUGUCAGUGGGUGUGAUUCUGAGCGCGUUAGUUUUGGAGCUGAGUAGCUCAGCCUGGUUGAUAGACCCAGCCACAGCCAUCUUCAUCGCAGUUUUAACAAUCAUUUAUGGAUUUGAAAUCCUGAUCAAGGUCGCGCGAGAAAAGAAACAAGUAAACAAACUGAAAGAAGCUGGACAAGAACUACAUGAGGGUGAUGACGUCAUUAAAGGACGGGAAGUAAUGGACGAAAAAUAAAACAAUUCGAACGGAUCUUACAAGUUCACGAAAUAUUCAUAAGAUUAAUCCUGUACGUUCUUAAGAUUCCUUGAUUACAAAUAUCGGUGAACUAACAGCAUUUCUGUUAGUCUUCAAUGGCAUUUUCACCGCUUGCAGUGAAGAUGUUACUGUCGCCACUGGGUGGUGCUGGGCAAACUCAUCAAAACAAGGUGGUUGUUUUUUUCUGUUUCUAAAGGGCAUUUCUUAUCUUACCAACGUUACUGUCGUUACCUUUAAUUUGACUUUUGUAGCAGAAGGUAAUUCCCUUUUGAAAAGGAAACUGAAGUAAUUCAUCAUCAAGAGUUACAAGGUACUAUCACGGGUUUGAUUAUUCUAGGCAACAUUUGCUUGCAUGCCUCCCUUGCUAGUAGAAUAUAUUACUGAAGGAGAAAAAUAGUUUGGCCGCGUAGCUACGUUGUUAGGGUGUUAAAUGUUUGCGUGUAUUUCAUUUACACACCUCAGCCCUGUCCAUUAUCACCAAAACUGGAGAAAGUUCACGAAUCUCUGAACAUCAUUCUUGACAGAAAGAGGAAAAGUUUAUAAUAUUAAGCACAAAUGCGCCUGUUGCCGUCAGCUUUUUAGUAAAUCUAUCUUCGCUUGUCAUAGCAGAAGGUUACGACUUUCGUCCAAAGGAGCGAAAAUAAGUAAAAUUACAUCCAUAAUCAUGGAUUCAACCAAUGUUUGGAAAAUUCAAUUUUGCGUUAAAAUUCAAAAUGUUUCUUUUAAUUUAUAUAUUUUAAUAGAUUUGUUGUAGCUUUAUUUCCACAGCUUAUAGGAAUAUAUUUUUUCAAACUGGAUCCAAAAAUAUUCACUAACGAAACAGAUAUUACUUUCUGUGAAAUAUAAUGAGUUAGAUCAACAAUCUCUUGGAUAUGUCUUUUUUGUCAUAGUUUAAACUUUGAUUAAAUUGGCGAUGGGAGAAAAUACUUGCCAUGGUAAUAUGUAUAUGGGAGAGAGAUGUUUACGAUUCUUAAGUGCAUAAAAUGCCCAAAUUCCUUUCACAUUAAGGAAUCCUGCCAAUCUUUAACCCUUUCACUUCCACGAUCUGAUUGUUUAUUCUCCCCUCUAGCUGCUACAUAUUU